CCACUUCAGGUCCCUACAGCAUCACCAUAUCACUCCAACCCCAGCUAUCUCCCUCUCACCCAUCCAAAGAAACCUAUGACUAGGCACUCUCGUCCCCGUCACCACCCAUACCAGAAGAAGAGCAAGCGUCCUCCGUCUAUCACAGCUGCCACUACGACCCAUUCUACCACUGCUGCUACCACAACUGCCACUACCUCAUGGCUCUCAGGGUGGUUCAGCAACUGACACAGAUUAAUAACUUUCUCCAACUAUACAUUGCAGAGUGUUGUGUGGGUAAAAAUUGAGUAGCUUGCGUGAAGGAAAAAUAAACAGUGCUGCAAAAAGGUCACCAGUGCAAGCACUUCCAUGCUU